AUGAUAAUGUCUCUACAUAACCCACUAGUACGAAAGCGAACGCUUUCCAACCCCACGGAACCUUCCAAAAAGCAGAAAAAUGACUCCGAUGACCAUUUGAAAUUUUCUGAAAAAGUUUACUCAGAAUAUGUAACUGCCGCUUUGGAUGCUAUCGAGCAGGUAAGUAGCUCAACAGGUGCCACAAAGUCUUCAAGUGUACUAAUCCAGAACGAAACGAACCAAAUCGACGGGUUGGCUGCCAAGAUUAACCGACCAGCCGACCAUGAAGAAUCCAUUUCCAUUUCAGAUUUCAGCAUUGUUCUUCGAGUACUCAUUCGCAAUAUCACUCGACUCGAUAACAAGGCAUGCCAGCAUUUGGUCUCGUGCAUCAUAGCCUACCGAUGGCUUGACGUCAUCCUGACUCCUAUCACCGCAUCGAAAACUACGUUUCUUGACCUUUAUCUGCAUUUUCUUUCUGUUUUGGUAGCAUCUCUUCCUCGCUACUUGAACGAGGUUCUUGGGAAGCUUGUGAAUGAGUUUUCUUCGGUGGCAGUUACAAGUGAAACUUCAACCACUACUAGCAAUUUGCACCAUACAAUCAUCAAAGAUAUCCUCAAAUAUGUCCCCACAAGUGUGGGGUCGUUGCCCACAGCAUUGACCAAGGGCUUCCCUCAUCACCUAGCAUCGUCUCCUGCCGAGUUGACCAACUAUGUUGCAAAUUUGCUCAAAAUGCUCGAAUAUUGUCCGGAGUUGAGCUCUCAUAUUUGGCAGAUGAUCAUCGAAUCCAGCAUCAAGCUCGAUGUAGAGUUGCAGAACGAGUUGGACGACUUGGACGACGAAGAAAUCGAGGAUUUGAUCAACGGAGAGGAGGAAAAAGAGGAGGAAAGAGAUACCAUUGGCAUCGCAUCGGACGAAAAAGAUGAAGACGAAGAAAAAGAGGAAGACGAAGAGAAUGACGAAGGAGCUUCGGAUGACGAAGAGUAUUUGCUAGAUCCGGUUUCCUCCACCAGUGACAUACGUAAACUUCUGCAGAAACUUGACUCUAUUAUUGAGAUAAUUCUAACUACCUCAGACUCCGAGUUCAGACAAAAUGAAAUUUCUACCAAAGGAUUGACCAUUUUCAAUAGCUUGAGCAAGUUGUUCCAAACCCACAUUCUCCCCACUCAUUUUACAAAGCUGACCCAGUUUUUGCUUUUUCACAUUUCCCAGAGUAAGGCUGAGCUUUCCGAUGCAUUUUUGGUGAUGUUAAUUGACAUUGCAUUCAAAGUCGACGAAAUGGUGGAAAAAAGAAUCAAAGCCAUGCAAUAUCUCUCGUCAUACAUUGCACGAGCCAAAUCGUUGUCUCGGGAUCAAGUGGUUUUUGUCGUAAGCUAUCUCAUGGAAUGGUUGAACCGAUACGUGCAAGAACGAGAAUGUGAAAUUUCCGACUACGAAGAUAACAAAACCGGCUCCAAAUCUGUAGGAGGCAUGGAGAGGUUCAAACUCUUCUACGCAGCUUUCCAAGUGUUGAUCUAUGUCUUCUGUUUCAGACAUCAAAUGCUACUUAAUUCUUCUGGUGAAUGGGAAUGUGAAAUCGACCAGUUUUUCCAGCGGGUUAUCGUCACCAAGUUCAACCCACUCAAGUACUGUGACGAAACCGUGGUGUUCAUCUUUGCCAAAAUAGCUACAAAGAUGAACGUGUGCUACUGCUACUCCAUCAUUGAGCACAAUAAGAGAGAGAGAAUGCUUCUGACCAGAGGAAAGAAUAACUUACCUUCUGCAGUCUACAACUUCAAACUGAAGCAGGAGUUUUUAGAUCUCGAAGCAUACUUUCCAUUUGAUCCCAUAGUGCUUCCAAACAGCAAAGAAAUUAUUAGUGCUAAUUAUAUCGAAUGGGCAGAAGUGAACCCUACUGAAGACGACAACGAAGACGAAGAAAGCGGAAGUUAUGAACAGGACAGCGACGAGUCGAUUACGAGCGAGGAGGAUGAUUAA